GUGGAAUCUGAGGAGAAAGAUGGCUACGGGACGAAGGGAGAGGUUGACAAAUCUGAGAUUCGCUGUUUCAGGAUAGACAGGUUACGGCGGAGGACAAAGCGGAAAACGGCACUCGCUUGCGUGUGUGUGGAGGAGUCUAUGUAUCGGUAUGGCGUAUAGUGCCGACAGCAAACUGGAUGACAGGGCGUGCAGACAAGCCUCACAUGCUCACACACUGAUCACUGGUGUACAGUGACUGUUGCUGCAGACAUCAGCAGGAUUCCAUCCUUUCUAUGAUUUUACCUCUUAUUUCUUCAAGCUGGACUCUUCAUUUCUUGAUUUUUUGACGCCUUUUGUGAGCCGCCCUUCCCCCUUCCCCUUUUCCCUUUUCUAUCCCUCUCCACACUUCUCUUCCCUCUUUCCCCCCUUAUUCUUUCCCUGUUGACCUUUUGAUCAAAUUUGGAUCAGCCUGUACACUAAGAUGAGUUGGCUGAGUCGUUUAAAUCCAAGGGGUCCAGGCACUCGGACCGGUCGACAUGCAGCCCCAUCCAGCCCAUGCACUGCUGACCCCGAGACUUGUCUUAUGGUGUUUGAAAACCACUGGAGACAGGUGUCAGGGGUGUUGAAACUGAGAGAGUCUUCAGUGGGUGGCUAUGCUGAUGAUCUCACUGCAGUUCGCAAUCACACAGAUCAGAUGCUGUGCCUGCUAGCUGAAGAGAGACCAGCAGGGGGAGACACUGAAUCACCAGCAAUGGGUCCUAUUCUGGAGAUGGUGGUGGCAGAGAACAUCCUGGAUGAGUUGAUACAGUGGCAUGUGCGCCGUGGUCUGGAACCAGACAGCCAGCUAGAGCUGUUGAAAUUGUUUGAGAUGCUGAUCGGACAGUCACAUCAGCCCCUGCUCCUGCACAGUGCAGUGCUACAACCGCUCCUAAGCCUGCUGGGAGCAUGUGUGGAUUCCCAGCUGGGCUGCCCGCCUGCCCUAGAGUCCAGCCUCGUACUGCUGCUAUAUCAGGUAUGUGUGUGUAUGGCGAAGGAAACUGCCGUUUUGGAGUUGAUAUUUAGGUGUGGACUGGUACAGCAGGGUCCCACUAACCUGCUGAUCUUCUCCCUGUUGGCGCCAUUUAUUCAUCGAGAUGGCUCUCUGGGGCAGCAGGCCCGUGACGCACUGCUGCUCGUCAUGGCAACCUCUGCCAGCAACCACGCUGUUGCGCGUCACAUCGCAGAGAACUCCUACUUCUGCCCAGUGCUAGCGACAGGGCUGAGUGCACUGUACUCAUCCCUGCCACGGAAGAUUGAGGUACGGGGCGAUGACUGGCACGCCCUGCGGAGGGAGGAUUGGAUGGCCGUUUCCUCUCUAGUGCUGUUCAUGAACAGUCUUGAAUUCUGCAACGCUGUAGUACAGGUGGCACACCCCCUUGUGCGCUGCCAACUCCUUGACUACCUCCACAACGGCUUCCUGGUUCCAGUCAUGGGCCCCGCUCUGCACAAGUCGUCAGUGGAUGAGAUGAUAGCAAGCACGGCAUAUCUGGACUUGUUUUUACGCAGUAUCACAGAAACUUCCCUCCUUAAGACCUUCCUUCGCUUCAUUCUGUUGCAUCGCCAUGACAACGACACCAUCCUCGAUACACUACUCACACGCAUCAGCAGCAAUUCACGGCUGUGCAUGGUCUCUCUGAGUCUGUUCAAGACAUUGCUCAGUCUCAACUGUGAAGACCUCAUGCUCCAGCUUGUUCUCAGGUAUCUGUUGCCAUGCACACAUGUUAUGCUGAGUCAGCGAAGGGCAGUCAGAGAAACAGACCUCUAUGGCAAAUCAGCUGACAAGUUCCUUUCCCUCGUACCAGAAUGCUGCCGAAUCACUCCAGCACCCUCUAGUGAGCGGGAUGAUGAGCCUGCCUUUUGGGGAAAGGUGUUAGGUAGUCCCACUUCAGAGUCACCGGUUCACCCCAGACCCAGCACUCCUUCCCGCCUUGCUCUCUUUAUUCGACAGCAAAGCUCAGGAGGCCAAGCCAACCCACCCUCGUCUGGCUCGGAGAACGCUCCCUCUUCUCCUCGUGGUAGUGUUUCCUCCCCUCUGUCUCCUGACAGCCCAAUGCACCAACUCCCAAACACUUCAGAAGGAGAGACUGGCUACCUGGAGUAUCUGCGUGAUGCUCGCAGGGGUAUUGAGCUCUGCUCCUGGGCCUGUCGAGACUGGUCAGGCCCUUACGAUGGAGAAAAUCCCUCUCCAAACUCUGCUCCUCCUCCACCUCCCCCUCCUACAUCCAACCCCUCCCUCAAUAUUGUACAAGAGCAUUUCUCCAUAAUGGACCCCCCUCAGCAGAGGGCAGCAGUCGUGGCUGCAGCACGUGCAGAGUGGAGCAGUUCAGAUCGAGAUAGUGGAGAGUGGGAUGUUACCAUCAGCAAGAACUGUAUCAGUCUCACACCCCGCAGUAAGAAACGCAGCCUUCUUCCCAGCUCUAUACCUCUGCAGUCUUCAUCUUCUGCUUCAGUCUCUACAGAAAUAACCGGUGCUGUAGAAGCCAUAUCCCAACACUCUCAUUCAGCACCUCAUCCAUCGCUCUAUAAUGGGAUGGGGCAGGUGGAGCUCACAGACAGUGUGGAUGAGAGAAUGGAGGUUAAGAAAGUGAAAAGGGACUCUGAUGUAAAUAACAGUGUGGUGGAGUCGGGCAUGAACGGGUCGAUGGGUAUGGGCCCAGUUGACUACAAUGAUUUCCAUGUAGGAUCGGCAAUGAAAUCAUCUCAGGUGCAGGUGAAGCCACAUCUGCAACAUCAAACCUCCGUGCCCUCUUCUACCCAAGAGUGUCUACAAAUUGAGCGCCAGAGAUUAUCUCCUGUUCCUGCCUUGACCGAGACUUCCACAGUUCCCCGUGACAGCAGGGGUCUGGAGUCCGUUGAGCGUCUGAUUGAGGAGUUGCUGGAGCGGGCGCCGUCGGAGCCAUUGUCUGGAGACUCGAAAUGCCAGGGAAUCAGCAUAGAGGCUUUUCACCAGGAGCUGAGGGAGCUGGAGGAACGUGUAAGAGAGAGGAGGGUUCUCUCACGCAGCUCAGAGGAGUCCUCUCGGGAAUCUCGCACUGCUCCUGCUCCCAGCCUGACAGAUGAGGACUGUCUUCCAGUGGAGACUGAGCAGCGCUCCAGUGAAACGAAGCCUGACAGCUCUGCCACUGGGGUAUUUAGCCCCGCACGACUCCUUGGACCACCUCUUGCUCAACCAUACACAGGUCCAUUUAUAACAGUCCUGUUCAGUAAACUGGAGAGUAUGAUGCAGAACUCCUUAUAUGUGAACAUUUUGCUGACGGGUGUUGUGUUCCAGCUGGCCUGUUACCCUCAGCCUCUCCUUCGCUCUUUCCUCCUCAACGCCAACAUGGUGUUUCAACCCAGCGUUAAAUCACUCAUACAGGUGCUGGGAUCAGUAAAAAAUCGUAUUGAAGCAUUUGCGGCAUCACACGAGGAUUUCCCUGUCAUGUUAAGAAAGGCUCGCCAAUUUCUGGUUGCAAGAGGAAAGUUAGACUGGUCUGACUCACCCAUGGGAGUGCCCAACCUUCGUCGCUCAGACUCAUUAAUUAAAAGCCGAAAACCAUCUCUGGGCGAUCUUAUCCUGAGGCAUACCAACAGUCCUACGAGAGCUCGACAUGCAGCUCAGUUGGCCUUGGCCCACGUGAGAGAUGGAGGGCAGUCUCUGCACAGUGCUUUGUUUCGGGGUGGUGCGGCCGGGGGGGCCUCUGGCCUGGAGAAGCAGGCAGAGGCACUAAGGGUGAAAAAUGCGGUCUACUGUGCUGUUAUUUUCUCAGAGUUUCUCAAAGAGCUAGCAGCUCUUGCACAGGAGCAUGCCGUAGCCCUACCCUUCCCACCUAGUCAAGGCACUGAGGAAUAACACCAGGCCAAAAUUUUCCUCUAUACUUGCUUUAUCCACUGUUCCUGGCACUGAGCUGUAGACUAUUAUAUCCCUGAGAUUUUUCAAACAAACAGUCUUUUUUUCAAGGGACAUAAUGCACUCAAAGAGACAGGAAAAAUCAGUUGAUCAUAAAGGUAAAGAGAGAGGUCAUCUCUUGUUAAUAAUCUCAUGUGCAUAAUGUACAUUUUUUUUUUAAUUGUACAGGACCAUUAAUCCAUUAAGCUUUAGGAAAUUGUGCAUAUAAAUCUUGUAAAUAGUCUAUAUAAAAUAUCUAUGUGUAUAAUGAUUUUUGUACACUCAGAGACUUGCAUCCUUUAAGCUGGAGGAAUUUGGCCGUAAACUUGCACUCCCUACGUUUCCAAGUCACUUCAGAGACUAGCUAAAGUAGACUCACUACACACAGUUCUUUUAAACUUUUAUGGGUGCGGAAGUGCCAUUUACAUUUUUAGCAAUGUUGGACGGUUAUUUUGUCUUUUAUAGAAAAAUAGGUCUGUGAGAUCACACCAAGAUAUAUCAGAAAUAAUCAUCCCGCCUUUUUUAAAGGACGAGAUGUCAGAUGCUGUUUACCAAUUACACGCUGGGCAAUAAGUCCUCCGUAUCAUAGCAGGAUUUGCCGCUUUAUUGAGGCAUCUCUGAAAAAUCAACAAAUGACAAAAUACUCAAGUUCUGCCAAUCUCUAGCACACAUCUUUUCAUCCAACAGCUAGAGAGUGAUGUUAGAGCCCGUAAAGAGUGGAGAGGGUUCAUUUUCCUAACCUCCGUCCCAAUAAAAGCCUGACAAAUUUAGCAUAGAUGGUAAGUUUUAGUUUUCAUUCUCGUGUCGUGUUGCAGCAGCACAUUUUGUAGGAUGAGUUUUAGGAUGAGUUUCUGGCCGUUUCUUUAGUUUUUGAUGUAUCUUUAGUUUUUUUGGGAAAGGCACUGAUUUUUCUGCCCACAAAGCUCUCCUCCUAUACUGGAUGUUAGCGUCCCUUUUGGCGUCUAACUAGGUGCUAAUGUCUUAAAUAUUUGGCUGGUAUGAGCAAAGAGAAGCUUGCAUAAUAAUUACCUGUCCCUUUAAGGAGUAAGCCAAGUUAUGUGACUCAUAAGCCAUCUUAGUGUUGAAUCAAAGUGUUUUUUUUCCUGUUUAUUAGUUGAUUUUACUAGUGUAAUGGAGUAUGAGUGAAAUCAGCCGUAAUGUGUGCAUAGUGGAAACACCACGCCACUUAAUUUGUUUAUUGCCAAAAUACUUUAGACACCUUAAUUUUCAGAAUGGAAGUUAGGACAUGCAUGUGCAUUUAUGAGAUUUAUGAGUGUUUUUAACAGCAAGUGCGCAUGUUUUUUUUUUUUUAAACGGUAUCGUUUUUGCCCCUUGUGUAUCUUAAAUUGCAAUCAAUGCAAUGCUGAUCUGAAAUCAUCCAUCCAAGAGCUCUUUUAUCAUGCACAACCCAUAUGCGCAUUACCUCAGUUACUUCAUUUUCAUUGCAUGCAGUGUUCUUGCGGUUUCAUCUGUGUUAGUUCAGUAAUUCUGUUCGAUCCAAUAUCAUUUAGGGCAUAAUUUUUUUUAUCAGUUUCUAGAUGUAAGAGCAGACAAUUUGAAAGUCAGUUAUCUAUUAUUUUCUGGUUACAUCUAGCUGCUCAAUUGUCAAUCCAUCCAUUUUCCCCUCCUUAUCUAUCCACCCAUCCACAGAAGGUCUGUGCGGCACAUUAGUGUGAUGGUUCUCUGCUUUUGUUAGUUGAAAUCUGAAAUGUUUAGCAUGUAAAUUCCGUAUUUAAGGACAAUGGUAGACCACGUUGGUGUCAAGAAAAAUAAUUUGUGCUUUCCCUGAAACAUGCUCCAAUGUCUGCGUGGGUGAGAAAGAUGAAAUGGAAAGGAUAAAGAGCAAAUUGUUGAAUGAAGAAACGGUACAUAUAUGUUAGAGUUCAGUUAUCUCUAUGGAGACAGCGGUUAUUAUACUUCCGUUCAGUUUCUAAGUUAGAAAUCAAAUAGGCCUAUACAAUUGAUGUGUCAUAAGAUACAAAUGCACAAGAAACGCCCAUCGUUUUUAGGAUGUAAUUGUAUGCCUGACAUGGUGCAGAUAAGCAUGUUUUUCUUUUUAUACAUAAGUGUUUGAUAUGAUUUAGACAUUUUGAAAAAUCAGGAGCUCAUUGAUUGUGUAUGCUUGUUAUUGAAAAGUGUUUGUUUGAUCAAUAUACAUUGCACAGUUCUUAAGUUGAUUUUUCUGUAUUUGGUUUUCUGUCUUUUUUUUGUCACUCUCGAUUUGUUUGAGUGAAACGAUGAUGUUGACAAGGACUUCUGCAGCUUGUUAUCUAUGCAAACUGGUUUCUGUGUUUCUGAGUAAGCAAAGAUGGUUAAACUUUUGGGGACAAACACAAAUUAAAUUUGCAAUCUGGAACCCCACACUUCAAUAAUUUACUUAUCCCGUAUCGAUUCAAUAAUCUACUGGACUGUAUGGACUCUCAUGCAAAAUUAUGAAUGUUAUCUAAAUAUUUUUCUAUAUAUAAAAUGGAGGAGGAAAGUGGAACUGAAUGGGGAUUUAAAUCAACGAUGAAAACCUUCAAAGACAAACACUAAAAGGAAAUGUUUUUAUUAAUUUAUAAAUGUUUUACC